UGCUUGACGAUAUUAAUCGAAUGGUGAUAAUAAUUGUGCUUCUAUCGCAGGACUAGAAUAUUAGGCAGAAAGGCAAAUUCCAUUUGAGUAAUCGACUCUGCUGCAUUUAAUCGACCAUUGAGUCUCGCAUUACUUUUAUUAAUAUUUUUACCACCAGAUAAUCCCAUUAAUUUUGACAAAAGCAAAUCGUCAAUAUGCAAUUGAAGAAUAUCACAUCAAUUGAUCUUCCGCCUACGGCGGAUAUGCAUGUCCAUCUCCGACAAGAUGCCAUGAUGGAACUCUGCACCCCUUUGGUAGAGCAAGGAGGAUGCGACACCGUCUUCGUUAUGCCAAAUCUCACACCAAAAAUAGGAAGUGUCUCUCAGGCACUCGAAUACCACGAAAAAUUGAGCAAGAUCGCUCCCAAUGUCAAAUUCCUGAUGUCCCUCUACUUACACACCGGAUUGAACGAGGAAGAGAUUGAAAAGGCAGCUAAAUCAGGCGUCAUUUAUGGGGUCAAAUUUUACCCUGCAGGGGUUACAACAAAUUCUCAAGAAGGCGUCCUCGAUAUUGAGCAAUUAUAUCCCGUUUUUGCAGCCAUGGAGAAAUACGACCUAGUACUGAAUCUGCAUGGUGAGAUGAUCAGCACUCCUGCUAGUGCCGUGGGAAAGCAGACAGACCCUGUUGUUACCGUUCUCAAUGCUGAACCGCUUUUCAUCCCCCAACUUGUCAAACUGCACAAAGCUUUCCCUAACCUAAGGAUCAUCUUGGAGCAUGUUAGUACGAGGCAGGGAUUGGAGGCUGUUCGUGCUUGUGGCCCGAAUGUUGCCGGAACUAUUACAGCACAUCACCUUCAUAUCACCAUUGAUGAUGCCGUGGGAGACGUGUUCAACUUUUGCAAACCGGUUGCAAAGACCCCGGAGGAUCGGUUAGCUUUAGUGAAGGCCGCUAUCGAAGGAUCCGGAAAAUUCUUCUUUGGCAGCGAUUCAGCACCUCAUCCUGUCCAAUCUAAAAAAGGACCAGGGGCUACCGCCGCUGGAUGCUUCACUCAACCAUACGUUUCUCAAAUAGUGAUCGGAGCCCUCGAAGAAGCUAUUGAACAAGGAUGGAUCAAGGAAGAGGACGUCACCCUUGAAGCCCUUGAGGGGUUUUUGUCUACCUUUGGGCGUAAAUUCUACAAACUACCUGCCCAAACCUCAACUAAGAAGAUUCGCCUUGAGAAAAAAGGUGAAAAGAUUCCAGACAUUAUGAAAUCGGCAAAUGGGGCCGUUGAGGUUGUGCCUUGGGGACGGGGGAGGGAGAUCCGGAGUCUGUCUUGGGUCUAAGUCUGGGACGUAGACAUAUCAAAAGUUGAAUGUUAAAUAGAAUUUUAAAGUAAGUCGAGCGAUUCCAAGACUUCGAGUAACGCUUAUAAUAAAC